UAUCUUUAUUGCACGAAGCCAAAGAUAGUACACGAGAUUUUGAAGAUAGAGAUAAAACCAGGUUGGAAGAAAGGCACGAAGAUCACAUUCCCUGAGAAAGGAGGCAACCAAGAACCAGGUGUCACUCCUGCUGAUCUCACUUUCGUUGUAGACGAGAAACCUCAUCCGGUUUACACAAGAGACGGUAUUGAUCUGAUUGUCAAGAAGAAAGUCUCUUUGAUAGAAGCUUUAACCGGAGUCACCCUUAGCUUAACAACUCUGGACGGGAGGAACCUAACCAUCCCGGUUCUGGAUAUUGUAAAACCGGGUCAGGAGAUUGUGAUCCCAAACGAAAGAAUGCCAACUAAAGAAGACCCUUUGAAAAUAGGAGACCUCAGAGUCAACUUAGAUGUCUUGUUCCCGUCAAGGCUUACUUCAGAACAGAAGAAUGGUCUCAAAAGAGUUCUUGGUGGAACGCUGAUGGAGCUGAAGAACAUUUAGUUUUCAAGUAAGCUCUUGAUCAUGUUUAACAACGAAGCUGCUAGUCAAUCCAGUGUACAUAUAUAUUCAACAAUAAUGGCUGUCAGGGACAGAACAUAUCCUAAUUAAGUAGAACUUGGGUUCUUUAACUUGUGUUUAUGUGUGCGUUUGCUUUCUCCUAAUGUUCAUUCAGCUCAUAAGAAUAUUGCAAACCAUAACAAUGAACUACGAGAAGUGAGAGUUUCAC